AUGUCGUAUCAUGAUCGACGCUCUGGGCGAUACUACAGCCCCAGCCCCAGCCCGAGCCCGCCGCCACGGCGCUCGCUGUCCAGGAGAGACACCUUUCUCGACAAUCUAGAGCGCGGGCGCGUCAAGGACGCCAUUGGGGCCUUUUUGCCGGGCUCGCGAUCCAAGAGCCGGCAACGUCGCGCCUCGCAUCACUACGACGACCGACGGCGGCGCGGACAUUAUGACGAUUAUGAUGACGACGAAGAUCACUACUACUCAAGCGACGAUGACGACUAUUACCGGGAGAAACGCCCGUCGCAUCGCCAUCGGUCCUCGAGACGCCGAGACGAUGUCGUGGACUAUUACUACGAAGAGGACGUGGACGAGAUUCCGCAACAACGCGGGCGCGGUCGCGGGCGAUCCGUCUACUCAGAGCCGCCCCGGGGUUACUACCACAGCCGUUCGCGCGACCGGAGCCAUUAUCGAGGAGGGCGCUCGGCGAGCCGAUCGAACUGGAGGCAGGCCACCGAGGCCGCGGUCGGGGCCGGGCUCAUUGAGGGAUGGAGAUCGAGACACGACGGGGCGCGCUUGGGGAGGAUCGCGACGGCUGCGGCGGGCGCCGCGGGCACGGCCAUGCUGGUGGGUAGAGAAGACGACCGGAAGAACAAGAGACAUGUCACCGAGGCCACGCUGGGCGGCUUGCUAUUUGACCGGGUGGUCAACGGGCGGAGAAAGAAGUAA